GAGAGAUGUGACUCUGAGAUGCCACGGAGACUACAUGGGAGAGAGUGGACAGGAGCUAAUCUCUGACUACUGUAGAGAGCGAGAGAACGCCACUCUGAUUGGCUGAUUCCGGGGUAUGGGUUGUCCUCUCUAUCACAACGACGCGCUGAUAGGCGGUUACCACCUGGGUCAUACACAUGUGCACAGUGCAGACCAAUGUGUCUAAUAUGCAACAGUACUGUUGCUCUGGUGAAAAGUGAAAAUCUGAAACGUCACUAUCUGAAAGAGCACCGCAAAUUUGAAGAGACAUUUCCUCAUGAUUCAGAGCUAAGAAAAAAAGAAAUCACGAGGCUGAAAAAGUCAUAUGAAACAUCAAGCAAGAUUUUUGUUAAAUCUAUGACACAACAACAAAUAGCAACAGAGUGCUCACUCAGAGUGGCAUGGCUUUUGGGUAAACACAAGAAGCCAUUCUCUGAUGCAGAAAUAAUUAAAGAAUGCUUGAAUGAAGUGAUGGGUGCCAUGUUUGAAGGCAAAGAAAAGGAGGAAAUGACAGCUAAAAUAAAUCAAAUCCCACUCUCUGAUGCCACAGCUACCAGACGUACUGAAAUUCUGGCUGGUGAUUUGUCCAAGCUGCUUUGUGAUGGAAUAAAAAAUGCAGAGUGCAUAUCCCUAGCAGUGGAUGAGUCCACUGACACCACUGACAAUGCUCAGUUGUUGGUGUUUGUGAGGUAUUAUGAUGAGGAAAAGGGGGAGUUUAUUGAAGAUGUUUUGAGCCUGGCAAACCUCAGUGGACAAACAAGGGGAGAAGACAUCUAUAAAGCAAUAUCAGAAAUGCUGAAUGAAAAAGGGAUAGAUCUGAAGAAAGUUGUGUCCAUUGCUACUGAUGGAGCUCCAGCCAUGUUGGGGAGAGAGAAGGGACUGGUUCCGCGUCUGAGAGAACACCACCCUGGCCUGAUAUCUUAUCACUGCAUAAUCCACCUGUCUGUCCUUUGUGCAAGUCUUGGAGAAGUGUACUCUGAAAUCAUGACAACAAUGAUGAAACUCAUAAACUUCUUGGGAGCAUCAUCUGCACUGCAGCACCGCUUGCUGCGCACAUUCCUAACAGAGGUAGAUGCUGCUUUUGAUGAUUUGCUCGUGCACAACAACGUCAGAUGGCUGAGCAAAGGCAGGGUCCUGGAGCGUUUUUGGGCCGUUAGAGAAGAGCUGCAAGUGUUUCCCAGUGUGUCCCAGCAAAAUAGCGCAAAAGCAAAACAGUUCCUGGAAUUUCUGCAAAAUGCUGGGAAAAUGGAAGCUGUGGCAUGUUUGGCUGAUAUAACCUCCCAUCUCAAUGACCUAAAUCUCAAGCUACAGGGGAAGAAGAACACAGUGUGUGAGCUGAUGUCAGAAGUCCCUGCCUUCCAGAGGAAGCUGGAGCUUUUCAAAAGUGACAUACAGGUAACUAUUUUGUUAUUAUUAUUUUCUACCACACACUAUUUUCUUCCACUUGAUAAUUCAUACCUAUUUUUAAGCAUUGUUCCUAAUAUAUAUUUAAACUGUGUAUCUACAGGAGGAACUGCUCCACUUCCCCAAACUUCUGGAACUGACCAAAGGAGAGGGAGAUCAUCAGUGCCAUUUGGAAUUCUUGGAAAAAAAUCAUUCCAAAUUUCAAGACUCGCUUUGAUGGCUUCAUUUUGGGAAAACAAGUCCUGCUGUUCAUUGAAAACCCAUUCCUGAUCAGAAAUGUGAGUGUGUUCUCUGCAGAAGCAAAACAAGUCUUCCCAUGGGCCAGAGCUGCUUCACUGCAGACUGAGCUCAUUGACCCCCAAGAAAGUGUCGCACUGAAAGAGGCUCAGUGUGACGCCAUCACCUUCUGGUCAAAGCUGGUCAUUCCUUCCAAGUUCCCUCUGCUGCAUAAGAUGGCCUGUCACAUCCUCACAAUGUUUGGCUCAACAUACAGCUGUGAGUCUGCCUUCUCUACAAUGAAC